ACACAUUUUACGUAAAUCGUUUGAAUGGCGGUCUGACUCCGACCUCACGGCCUUGCACACAGAUGCACAACAUCACGGGCUUUUUGUUUUCUUUCCCAACUUCGAACAGAACGUCACCUCCUCUCCUCCUUUCCUCUUUCACACCGUUUCCACCGCCUUCUUCCAGAACCUACGCCGCAGAUCUGAAAAUAAUCAAUCCACCCUUCGAAAACAGACUAAUUAAUAAUGAAGCAAUUAUAGAUCUCUGAAAGCUUUUCAUGAAGCGAUGCCGUUUCUUAGACACAGAAAAGGUUCAGAUACUUCAAGGUCGCAAAACUCGGAUUCUUAUCAUGAUAAACGCGAAAAAUCGAAGAGAAACGGAGACGACGAAUCAAAAACGAAAGGAGACGAACAGAGAAAUAGAAAAUGGUCUUGUCUUGAUAGCUGUUGCUGGUUCAUUGGCUGCGUAUGUCUGGCUUGGUGGCUUUUACUCUUUUUAUACAACGCCAUGCCGGCAUCGUUACCACAGUACGUAACGGAGGCUAUAACGGGGCCGUUACCGGACCCGCCGGGCCUCAAGUUGUGGAAGGAGGGCUUGAGAGCUAAGCACCCCAUUGUGUUUGUUCCUGGGAUUGUGACAGGCGGUCUCGAGUUGUGGGAGGGCCACCAGUGCGCUGAAGGCUUGUUUAGAAAGCGACUUUGGGGUGGCACAUUUGGUGAGUUGUAUAAAAGACCACUAUGCUGGAUUGAGCACAUGUCACUGGAUAAUGAAACUGGGCUGGACCCUUCUGGUAUAAGGGUCAGGCCUGUGUCAGGAUUAGUGGCAGCUGACUACUUUGCUCCCGGUUACUUUGUCUGGGCAGUUUUGAUAGCUAAUUUGGCUCGCAUUGGAUAUGAGGAGAAAACCAUGUACAUGGCUGCAUAUGACUGGAGAUUGUCAUUUCAGAAUACUGAGGUCAGGGACCAGACUUUAAGCAGGAUAAAAAGUAACAUCGAGCUCAUGGUAAUUACUAAUGGUGGGAAAAAGGUGGUGGUUAUUCCGCAUUCAAUGGGUGUCCUAUACUUUCUGCAUUUUAUGAAAUGGGUUGAGGCACCAGCUCCAAUGGGUGGUGGGGGUGGAUCAGAUUGGUGCGCUAAGCAUAUAAAGGCAGUCAUGAACAUUGGGGGACCCUUUUUAGGCGUUCCAAAGGCUGUUGCCGGACUAUUUUCUAUUGAAGCCAAAGAUAUUGCUGUUGCCAGGGCUUUGGCACCAGGUGUCUUGAAUAAGGACAUGUUUGGUCUUCAAACUUUACAACAUAUAAUGCGGAUGACCCGUACAUGGGAUUCAACCAUGUCAAUGAUCCCGAAAGGUGGAGAUACUAUAUGGGGUGGUCUUGAUUGGUCACCUGAAGGGGGCUAUAACUGUAAUGCCAAGAAGCUGAAGAACAAUGAUACUUUUACUGCUGCCCAAAAUGAAAACGGGGAUUUCUCUAGCACAAAAAAUGUAAAUUAUGGAAGAUUGAUUUCUUUUGGGAAAGAUGUGGCUGAGGCACAUUCUUCUGAGUUUGAGAGAACAGAUUUUAGGGGUGCUGUCAAGGGUAGUAACCUUGCAAACAAAACGCGUUGUGAUGUAUGGACAGAGUACUAUGAAAUGGGUGUUGGGGGUGUUAAAGCUGCUGCAGAUUACAAAAUCUACACAGCUGGAUCAAUUUUGGAUCUAUUACAUUUUGUUGCUCCGAAGUUGAUGGCACGUGGAGGUGAACAAUUUUCAUAUGGAAUAGCUGACAAUUUGGAUGACCCAAAAUACAAUCACUACAAGUACUGGUCGAAUCCCUUAGAGACAAAGCUACCAAAUGCUCCAGGCAUGGAGAUUUAUUCUAUGUACGGAGUUGGAGUACCCACAGAAAGAGCAUAUGUCUACAAAUUAACUCCAACUUCUGAGUGCUACAUUCCCUUCCAGAUAGACAGUUCUGCAGAUGGUGGAAUUGAGGAUUCUUGUUUGAAAGGUGGAGUCUUUUCUGUUAACGGGGAUGAAACUGUUCCUGUUUUAAGCGCAGGCUUCAUGAGUGCAAAAGGAUGGAGGGGGAAAACACGAUUUAAUCCUUCUGGCAUUCAUACUUUCAUAAGAGAGUAUGAUCAUGCUCCUCCAGCUAAUCUUCUGGAGGGGCGAGGCACCCAAAGUGGUGCUCAUGUUGAUAUAAUGGGGAACUUUGCAUUGAUUGAGGACAUUUUAAGAGUAGCAGCUGGUGCUACUGGGGAAGACUUGGGUGGAGAUCGAGUUUACUCAGAUAUUUUCAAAUGGUCCGAGAAGAUUGACUUACAGCUGUAGAUAGAUUCAUAUGGGUGAUGACCAAAAUCAAUCCCAAAUAUUCUGCAUGAUUCAGAACUCCUGAUGAAUGCUGAACUGGUGCUUAUAUCAAUGUGGUGUUUUCGGUGGCAUAGCAGAAACUCAAUUGAAACAGAAGAGAGUAGCGGAAGCCAGUGCAUCAGGAUUUGUACAGUCAUCUACCUGUAGACUUCAUUGUUAUUGGAAUCACCAAAUCAUAAUCAUGGUAUUUGCAUCUCAGGUGUCAGGUAAACAACUAUCCUUGGCGCAUUAACGUACUCGUCCAAGUGGCUUGAAUUUUUGGAUAUUCCAUUUAUUUGUUUAAAAGUAGACAUAGUCAAUAAACUCAGUUAGAGAUUAGUAAAUGUUUCAUUUAUAGUGAGAUGUUCUUUAUAGCAUUUGUGAUUGUGCUUUGCCAUUCUAGCGUUUCCUUUUACAGGCGUUAUUUUGUUGAUUAUGUUCUGGUAUUGACUUAAAAUUUUAAGAAACUGGUGGCCCGCUGAGGCCCAUGAGGCCAGGAAGUAGUUGUUUUGGUUGUUAAAGUGAUGGAAAGUUUUACUUUCUGGGUUGAAAUAGAAUUGACAACUAUAGUUCUGUUGA